AUGGCGGGGUUUUUCUCGCUAGACGGCGGAGGAGGAGGCGGAGGCGGAGGAAACAACCAAGACGAGCAUCGAACCAACAGAACUCCUCCUCCGCCUGCAUCAGAGGCUUGGCUCUGGUACAGAAACCCUAACGCGAACGCAAACGCUCCUUCAUCCUCAAACGCUGCUUUAGGUACACUUGAGCUAUGGCAAAACCACAAUCAGCAAGAAAUCAUGUUUCAGCAUCAACAACAUCAGCAAAGGUUGGAUCUCUACUCCUCCGCGGCGGGCUUAGGUGUCGGACCAAGCAGCCAUAGCCAAUUCGAUAUCUCCGGCGAAACCUCAAACGCCGGCGCCGGAAGAGCCGCAGCAAUGAUGAUGAUGCGGAGUGAAGGUGGAGGCAGCGGAGGAGGAAACGGUGCGAGCUGUCAAGACUGUGGGAAUCAGGCGAAGAAAGAUUGCGCUCACACGAGGUGUCGUACUUGCUGCAAGAGCCGAGGCUUCGAGUGUCCUACUCACGUGAGAAGCACGUGGGUUCCUGCCGCAAAACGCCGUGAGAGACAACAGCAGCUAGCCACGGUUCACCCUCCGACGCAGCUGGCACGCGGUGAGAGUGGUGUACCGAAACGCCAACGGGAGAAUUUGCCCGCAACUUCGACGUCUCUUGUCUGCACUCGCAUACCUAGUCACAACGCUUCAGGUUUAGAGGUUGGGAGUUUUCCGGCGGAGGUAAGUUCGUCGGCAGUGUUUAGAUGUGUGCGAGUGAGCUCAGUGGAAGAUGGAGAAGAAGAGUUUGCUUACCAAACAGCCGUAAGCAUCGGUGGUCACAUCUUCAAAGGCAUUCUUUACGACCACGGUCCUGGAAAUAGCGGCGGCGGCUAUAACGUUAUCGCUGCCGGUGAGAGCUCCUCCGGUGGUGCUCAGCAGAUGAAUCUCAUAACAGCUGGCUCUGUCACGGUGGCAACCGCCUCUUCCUCCACUCCAAACGCCGGUGGUAUUGGCAGCUCCUCAGCCGCUGCCACGGCUUACAUUGAUCCAGCCGCUCUCUAUCCAACUCCAAUCAACACUUUCAUGGCCGGUACACAAUUCUUUCCCAACCCAAGAUCAUGCUGA